AUGGUCACUGCCCUUCUGUUUGAGACGAAGGAGCAGGAAGAGUCCUGGCUGGGGAGGGGCAUUGAAGGCAAUCGCUCACCCUACCCUCUGCCACAAGCAAACACAGCACCAUUCAGCCAUGCACCCAACCCACUGCGGGUGAGGCUGGAGUUUCUGAUGGCAGAGCAAGAGCGUCUAGGGGCUGAGCUGCAGGCUCUUGCAGAGCAUAGGUGGUCCAGGAAGGCCAGCAGGAGAAAAAAGGAGUUGACCCGCGCUCUCAAGGAUUUGGAGUCGGAGCAGGGCAGCCUAGUGGAGGAAGCCAAGAGGCAGCUGCUGCGCCAGGCGCAAUGA